CCAGGCAGCCAGCCCCCUCGAUGCCAAAGAAGCCCUUCACCAUCCACUGUGCGGAGCUGGAGGACGGGUGGGGCCUGUGCAAGGCAGAGAGCUGGGGAGCAGUGCUGUGGGGGGGACCCUCCUGCUCACUCCAGGCUGGGCUCAGGCAGAGUGUAGGAUAAUCAGCCAUUUUAUUAAGUUUCCUCCUAGCUCCAUCAACCUGGACCAGGGGCCCACCCCCUUUGCCCAGAUAAGAGCAAACUCCAAUUGUAUCUGCUGUCCCUGGUGUUCCACCUGGGCGGUGCUGCGAGCCAGGCAGGUAGGCUGUACCCAAGAUUGGCACCGCGCACUCUGUUCUAACAAUACAGCCUUCCGGACCCGCUCCAGCCCUUCACGCCCAGUGCAUGCCAGCGUGGACUAAGCUUUGUGGGCGAGGGUGCCUGAAUUCCUUGCCUUUCCACCUGGCUCUGCAGUUUGAGAGGCAGAGGCUGCUGCUGUUGGCACAGGUUGCUGAGGUUCUCUCGUGCCAAGGGCAUCAUGCCAGUCGUCGAGGUGAAUUUCCGCUCCUUGAUCACCCCUGUGGGGAUUGUCCGGUUAUUUGAGAUCUUCCUGUCCUGCACGGCCUUCAGUCUGGUGGCUGAUUCCUCCUACUUCCAAGGAACCUAUGGGGCCUGGUGCAUGUUCACCUGGUGCUUCUGCUUCGUGGUGUCUGUUCUGAUCGUGGUGCUGGAGCUGUUUAGCUUUUCUGAGAAGCUGCCACUGUCCUGGGAUGACUUCACCAGUGCCUUCGCCAUGCUGGCAGCGCUCAUGAUCUUCACCUCCUCCAUCAUGUAUCCUUCCACCUUCCUCACCGGCACUUGCUCUGUCGGAAAAUGUGCUUAUCAGGCAGCAGCUACAGCCAUGUCCUGCAUCUGCUUCAUUGCUUAUGCCAUCGAGGUUGGACUGACGCGAGCCAGGCCUGGAGAUAUCAGCAGCUUCCUCGCCACUGUCCCUGGCCUCUUGAAGGUAUUUGAAGCCUAUGUGGCUUGUCUUAUCUUCUCCUUGGUGAGUGACCCCAAGACAUAUAACAUUGAACCCGGCCAGCAAUGGUGCAUAGCCGUCUACAGCAUCUGCUUCAUUGUCACACUGCUCAUCAUCAUCCUCACCAUUGGCCGAUGUCUCACCUACAUACCCUUCCCUUUGGAGAAAGUCCUGGUGGGUUACAACGCCUUGGCUGUGCUCCUGUACCUGACGGCUGCCAUCAUCUGGCCCGUCUUCAACUUCAGAGGGAACCCCAGACCCAGUUCAUGUGACAGUAGUUGCCCAUGGAACAGACUUCUGGGCGUGACCUUCCUCACCUUCUUCAACCUCAUCGCCUACAUCGUUGACCUGGUGUACUCCUCCAGGAUGGUCUUCGUGACCAGGACAGCCUAACGGAGCGCGAUCAGCUGCACCCGGGGGGGUACGGGCCUGCAGCGGGCGUCAUCGGCACUGAAGUGGUGGGAAGGGACCGGGGCCGCCCGUCGCUCAGGGGGGAGCUGCUUUGGCCUCGGCUGUUUUGCAUUUCUUCUCCCACAUCCUUGUCUUAUUGGCAUGUCCGUGCACCAGGGGAUUCUGUGUGUAUUUGAUUUGGCUGCUGCUCCAGGAGCUGCAGGUGGCUACUGCUGGGGCCCAUGUGCUGGUGCAGGGAAUCAGGGCAUUCCUUGCAGGACAUGUCUGUAGGGGAUGGGACGGGAAGGGAGGGACACGGACAGAACAUGCUGCCUGUUGCCCGUGUGUACAGCAACCUGUGAGUGAGCCAUAGAAGGGAGGGGAGAUCAGGAAUGAGGGGAUCCCAAUCCAAAGCCCACUGAAGUCAAUGGGAGUCUUUGCACUGAUUUCAGCAUGUGCUGGAUUGGUCCCUGGAAUCCUGGAAGCCCAAAGAAGCAUCAGGAGACUGGGGCUGAGGCUGGGUUACCGAGUCCGGGCUAGUUAGUGUGUUGUGAUGCAGCCGCCUGCUGCGACUCGGAGAAACUUUCCUCUGCCACAAACUCUGGUCUGAAGACAGGUAAACAGCACCCAGGGCUCCCACCCUCCCUCCAGGAAAUGAAAGUUCAAGGGCUGGGGCUAUGCAAACAGUGGUGUGUGUGCUUAGAGGGCUGGGUACCGGGCUCAGGGAGGGGAGCAUGCCGGGGUCUGCAGCAAGUAGGGCGUGGCAGGUAGGAAUGGCUGACUGCAGAGGGGUGACGUUGGCAUGGCCAGCCCCAACUGUGUGGGGCUAUUUUAUGAUCAGUCGGGCUAGUGUUCAUCUACUUUCCAGGAAAGCUCCCCCCUCACCGGCCCCAUUAGGGUCAAAAUCCAACCUGCAACACAUGACCCAAAAAGACACCCUCACUGCUCAGCCGGGCCUCCACUUCCCCUCCCAUUCCCUGGGGCGUGGGAGCUGCCAUUCUAUCCUCCUCCCUACCUGACAGGCAGCUUCCUCAUUCAUGCUCCCCUCUACUUCCCCACAUUCGCCUGAGCCACACGCACAGCCCCUCAGUCGGGCGCCGCACCAUACCCUCCCUGUCCCCUUUGGCAGCCCCACUCCCGGGUCUCCACAUUCUCCAGCCUGACCCGUCACAUGGCCACCCUCACUCCUGCGGGCAGCUUGGCUUCUUCCCCACUGGGAGCAAUGGGAGGUGGUGGCCGUUCCUGCUGGGGGAACUGAAGGCCCUUGUUCACCUGCAGUGUCAAAGGGACAUGGAGCCAUCUCGCUGAGGGCAGCCUGUGGCUUCAGUCCUGCUGACAGUGAUCGGAGAUGGCCGCCAUUUAGAACAGGGCUAAACUGGAAGGCAAAAAUGAAAUGAAAUUCGUGCAAACGGUACCUGUACAUGUGUAUACAUAACAUUGCAAGGCUUGCAGUCAAAUCAGGGGAGCUGGCACUGGGCCUGGCUUUAAGCUCUGUGCGUGUGUAUGUGCACAUGUCCAUGCACAGCUAUGUGUGAAUACACACACGUGUUUCUUCCUAUUCCUUUUCAGUAAGCAAAAAGUGCAUCAGCAUGCAUGCAGUGUGAGUGUCCCCUGCCAAAGCAGUGCACUGUCUCUAAGGGUAGCUUCAUGCUCCAGUUUUAUAGUCUUCCUGAAACCUGAGCGAUCUGUCCUCAUUCCCCAGGACAGAAGCUUAAAGAUGACUUGCGAAGGAAUUUUUUUAAAUGGAACUUUUGCUCUUUUUUUUUUUUUUUUUGCUGUUUUAUGAUUGCAAAAAGGGUGAGUGAGAGAGUGAGUUUUCCUGCUUGUUUUGUACUUUAGAAAUCUCAGGACUGUCAUGUCUGGUCUUCCUGGUU